UUUAAUUUUUUUAAAUUAAGUAAUUCGGCCGGAAAAUUAAAAUAUGGGAAGAGCCACGAGGUGGUUCAAGGACCUCUUCGGGAUAAAGUCUAGAGACAAGGACACAAACGAAUAUUCCGGCAGGGACGCCGCAGCCGGUUUCUGCCACAACCCGACAACAAUACCCCCAAACAUCACCCCCGCCGAGGCUGCCUGGCUGAGAUCUUUCUACGGCGACAGCGACAGCGACAGGGACCAGAACAAGCACGCCAUAGCAGUCGCUGCCGCCACCGCCGCUGCAGCCGACGCCGCCGUGGCCGCAGCCCAGGCGGCGGUCGCGGUGGUCAGGCUAACAAGCCAGGGGCGUGGUACGGCUGUAGUGUUUGGUGGGAGCCGGGAAAAGUGGGCUGCCGUCAAGAUUCAGACACUGUUUCGUGGAUACCUGGCGAGAAAAGCACUUCGGGCUUUGAGGGGACUGGUGAAAAUACAAGCACUAGUACGAGGAUUUUUGGUUCGGAAAGAAGCGGCGGCCACACUUUACAGCAUGCAAGCUCUUCUUAGAGCCCAGAAAAGUGUGCGGGCCCACAAAAUGCGGACACGGCCCGUCAACAUUAACCAAGAUAAUUUCCCACCAUUGCAGUUUCUUCAAGCCCGAACUUCUCUGGAGAAAAAGUACGAGGAAUUAGAAAGAAGCGAGCACUGCCCAACAACAACAGUAGAAGAGAGCCCGAAAAUCGUGGAGGUGGAUAUGGGCUGCCGGCCCAAAUCGAGAUCCCGGCGGGCCAACUCCGGCGGGGAAGAUUCAUUCGGAAAGACAAUUUAUAAUUCUCCUUUGGUGAAAUCACGGUUGCCGGUGGCGGAAGCGAGAAACAUUCCGGAUCUGGAGUGGGGUUUGAUGAUGGGGGAAGAAUGCCAUUUCUCCACCGCGCAGAGCACGCCGAGAUUCGCCACUUCGACCUGCGUCUGCGGCGGCGGGGGCGGAGGUACUGUGACUCCAGCGAAGAGUGCGUGCACGGAGAGUGAAUUUAGGAGGUACGGAGGGGAGAAGCCAAAUUACAUGGCGAAAACGAAGUCGUUUAAGGCGAAAGUGAGGUCACAAAGCGCACCGAAGCAGAGGGCAGAAGUGGUGGUGGGGCCCAGAAGAAGGCUAACACUGCAGGAGAUGAUGGAGUCGAGGAAUAGCUUGAGUGGGGUUAGAAUGCAGAGGUCUUGCUCACAAGCUCAAGAUACUGUUCUUUUCAAGAACGCUGUCAUGGGUAACCUUGCUAGGUCUUCUGAUUUCGUUACACAAAAUAACUUCUACCCCAAUUGAGAGAUUUCUUGUGAGGGAAAAAUAGUACAUUAUUAUUCUUUUUCUUUGGGUGCAGAUUUUACCUAGUUGAUUUUAUUAUUGAAGCCUUUUUUUUUUUUU